GGUUAACCAUGAAACAACGACGUCACUAGUCAGGGUCAGAAAGGAGCGUUUAUUUUGCUUUUUAGCGAAUUAGUAGCAACAGAAAAGUCGAUGCGGAAUUAAGGCAAACGACGCAGGAUUAAGUUUUAUUUUUAGGAUUACUGCGGCAUUUCGUCCUAAAUUUGUGUGACCGCGUUUGUGUGUUUUUUGAAAGUUUUAACAUUAGGAUUUAGGUAGGAACAUAGAGAUUUCAAUCAAUGCAAUGAGGGAACUUUUGGGUCUAUUAGUGAUACUAGCCGCUCUCAAUUUAGGAAAUUGCUUUACAAAAUAUGGCCGAUCUUGCAAAGAUAUUGGAUGUCCCAGUACUCAAGAAUGCGUAAUGGCGACAGACCCAUGUUCCUACUACCAGCGAGAAGGGGAUUGUGGAUCCUAUCCGACAUGCAAAAGAAAAUCAGGAAGCGGUACCAGAACAUGUUCGAAUUUCGUAUGUCCUCCCAGUCAAGUUUGCAAAAUGGACGAUGGCACGCCGAAAUGUGUCAAUGAUGCCUCAAAAUCUGGUCAUGUCGGCUACGACACACAUUCGGCCAAUGCGCCUUUAGAACCCAGCGCGCCACCUGCUGAAGGAGGAAAUCUUUAUCCUCAAAUUCCCAAAGGAGAGACGACUGCUAGACCAAAUAUUAGGCCGGUUGGUAAUGGAGGUUCAGGCUAUCAAGGAGGUCAAAUAGGUUCAGGCUAUCCAGGAUAUCCUCAACAAGGGGGCGGUUAUCCACAACAAAAUGGCGGCUAUCCACAACAAAAUGGCGGCUAUCCACAACAAAAUGGCGGUUACCCGCAAAACGGCUACCAAGGCCAAGGAGGAUAUCCACAGGGUGGUUAUCAAGGCUAUCCACAAGGUGGUUAUCAACAAUAUCCAGCAGGCUACAAUCCUUAUCAGCAACAGUACCCACAAAAAAGUUCAGGCAGUUCAAUUACGGAUAAGAUCAAAGAUGGCCUUAAAACUAUAGGUACUAACUUCCUGAAAGACUAUUUGUCUAAGGCUUUGAGCGGUGGAAGAAAUUAAUUUGUGAUAUACGAAAAUGUUCAUAUAAUUUAUUCGAGAUUCAGGCUAUAUAAACUGGUCCUUAUAGAUGUUUAUUUAUUCUUCUAAUUAUUGUAUUUUUAUUUGCAGGGUUAUUCUACAUUCUAGUAAGCUAUUACCUAGGCAGGAUGUUGCAACUGUAAGAAUUUGUGUUUGUAAUUAACUCAAAAAAAGACUGUAGAUACAAAAUACUCCUUAUAUUAACGGUACCUACUAAAUGUGCAUUUGUAAUUUUGUUUUUUUUUUAAUCUACCUCAGUUGGUUGUAUAUUUGUUUUUCUUUUUUUGGUGAGUAUUAAUUCGUUGUUUUAUUCGAUUUUCUUUUUGCUGUACAUUGCUUCGGUGGUAGCUUUAAAUGUUUUCAUUUUUGCUGUAGAAUAACCUUCACUGUUUUCUCCCUGUUCCAUAUAACUAACACUUUCUUUUAGGCCAAAUUAGUUGAAUAAUCAUUGUAAAGCUAUUUUUUCAAUAAUCCAGACUUUCUGCAGUAGUAUUUGGGAUUUCGAUCAAUAUGACCAUGUUAGGUUGGCUCUUCAAAAUUCAUAAAUACUGUAAGUUAUUCCGUUUAUUUAAAAAACAAGCUUCAUUAAUUAUUAUUGAGAACAAAUUGUAUGUUUAUAUUUACCUACAUUGUUAUACCAAUUAUUACUAUUAAAAUAUUAUUUUUAGAA